CUAAAGCCAAAGCCUCCGAAUUAUAUAAUCCCUUCUCCUUUCCCUCUCUUCUUCGUCUUCUUGAUGCUACUACAUUUCUUGUGAGGACAUCACAAAACCCACUCCUCCACUCUUUUUGUACCAAUUUCCAUUACCUUUUAUUGCCCAAAGCUUCCACCUUUAGCUUCAUCUGAUUCUACAGUAUUCCACGUACUUUUUGGGCUGUACUCUAACGAUUCCUAUGAGUAGCUCUGUUGAUGUUCAGAUAUAAUUCGUAGGACUGAUGUAGUUCACAUUAAUGGAUACAGAGAAAUCGGAAUCUCUUUGUUUUGAUUCAACAUGUUUCAUGGAAAAAAGCAAUCACAGAAUCAUCAAGAGAAUGAUGCUGUACAACAAGAUGCAAAGGUCUGUGAACUCAAGGCAGCUCUUGGACCUUUGUCUGGACGUAAUUUGAAGUUCUGUACUGAUGCCUGCCUGAGGAGAUAUCUGGAAGCUCGAAACUGGAAUGUUGAAAAGGCACAUAAAAUGUUAAAAGGGACACUUAAGUGGAGGGCAACUUAUAAGCCUGAAGAAAUCCGCUGGCAUGAAAUAUCACAUGAAGUCGAAAAAGGAAAAGUCUUCAGAGCAAAUUUUCAUGACCGAUAUGGGAGGACUGUGCUUAUAAUGAGGCCAGAGAUGCAGAACACAACAUCUGCAGAAGACAAUAUCCGUCAUUUGGCCUAUGUUAUUGAAAAUAGCAUCCUUAACCUAGCUGAGGGUCAAGAACAAAUGUCUUGGUUGAUAGACUUCACUGGAUUAUCCUUGAGCAACAGUAUGUCUAUUGGAACAGGUGUUGAUAUCAUUAAAAUUUUACAGAAUCACUACCCUGAAAGGCUUGCUGUAGCAUUUGUCCAUAAUCCUCCAAGAAUUUUUGAGGCAUUCUGGAAGGUUGUUAAGUGCGUACUUAAUUCAAAAACUUCAGAGAAGGUAAAAUUUGUUUAUCCAAAUAAUAAAGAGAGUGAGGAGCUCAUGAAGCAUUUCUUUGAUGUUGACAACCUUCCUGGUGAGUUUGGAGGGAAAGCCACGAUGAAGUAUGACCAUGAGGAAUUCUCACGAUUGAUGGUCCAGGAUGAUGUAAAAACUGCCAAAUAUUGGGGAUUUGAUGAGAAGCCAACCCACAUUGCUGAUGCCCAAUUGAGGCCUCAGUUGGCCCCAGAGCCAACGCCUUUUGCACCACCUGCUAGUUAAUUUUGCUGGUACUGGUAUAAAGGAAAGCGAAGACAAGACACUGAAGCUUAGAAUAUAUCACCUUGAAUAAAAGGGACCAAUUUCCCUUUUUUCGAUUAAAGCAACCAGGCUGAUAUGAGUUUGACAACUGUGGUAAUAUGUACUUACUUUUAGUGCUGGAUUACAGUAAGAUUUAUCUACCUUUGUUUUUUUUUUUUUUUUUUUUUUUAACGAGAAAAAGAACUUCAUUCAAGAAAGUGUUGAUGAAUACAUUGAGGAUUUGCUGUUUGAGUUUCUGAUGAGAAAAACAACUUUAAAUAUAUUAAUUGGAGCCCAAGUUCUAACUGA